AUGGAAAACCAUACUAAUCCCCCUUAUUUCAACCUCACCAUGUUUGUUAACUUAGGCAGCUACCGCUACCCGACAUUCGUCUUGUGUUUCUUGCUGUAUGCGUUUAUUGUCUCAGCUAAUCUGGUCAUAAUACUGGCAAUAUCACAGGAGAAGAAAUUACAUGAGCCCAUGUAUAUUUUCAUCAUGUGCCUCUCUAUUAACUCUAUGUACGGCUCUGCUGGCUUCUUCCUCAGAUUUCUCAGAGACCUUUUGUCUGAUACUCAUAUGAUCUCACGGUUGGCAUGUUUCACUCAGGUCUACAUCAUUUACUCCUAUGCAUCCUAUGAGCUCACCAUUUUAGGCAUCAUGGCAUAUGAUCGAUAUGUCGCUGUAUGUCAACCUUUGCACUACCACAACAAAAUAACCUUGAAGGUGGUGUCUAAGCUGAUUGUGGUAGCGUGGAUCUAUCCGUCCAUUGCUGUUGCAGUUUGUCUUUAUCUGUCCUUCAGGCUUCCUUUGUGUGGCAUUAAGAUACCAAAGGUGUUUUGUGCAAACUGGCCUAUCGUAAAACUGUCAUGUGUUGCUACUCUGAUCAAUAACCUUAUUGGAAUGCUUUUGACUACAUGCACAAUAUUCCUUCCCCUGGCUUUUGUCCUGUUUACAUAUGUACGGAUCUUUUUGGUGUGUAGAAAACGUAGUUUAAAAUUCAAGGGCAAAGUACUACAAAGCUGUGUGCCACACAUUGUUACAUUUGUCAGUUAUUCCAUCACUAUGUUUUGUGACAUUUCCCUGAGCAGAAUUAAUGUUGAAGAGCUGAAUCCAUUUCUAGGUGUAAUUCUGUCACUUGAGGUUGUUGUGGUUCCUCCGAUUCUGAAUCCUCUUGUGUAUGGCCUGAAGUUACCAGAAAUUAGAAAAACGAUAUCCAGAAUGCUCUCCUGCUCAAAACAUGACAAAAAAGCUAAACCUUCGAAAUAA